GUACGCAGGCAGAGCGCGCGCUGAAGACGCCGGAGAGCGUUUUGCCCGGCAGUCCCCGGCCAGCGUCGCCUAGGAGACGCGGCUCGCGAGCGGCUCCCAUGGCUGCGUCGGACCGAGUGGUGCUGGGGCCGUUGGUGGGCGCGAUCGACCAGGGCACCAGCUCCACGCGCUUCCUGGUUUUUAAUGCGAAAACAGCAGAGCUCCUGAGUCACCAUCAAGUAGAAAUAAAACAGAAAUUCCCUAAAGAAGGAUGGGUGGAGCAAGAUCCAAAGGAAAUCUUGCAGUCCGUUUAUGAAUGUGUGGAGAAAACAUGUGAGAAAUUGAACCAGCUAAACAUAGACAUCACCAACAUAAAAGCUGUUGGAGUCAGCAAUCAGAGAGAGACAACUGUGGUUUGGGACAAAACAACUGGAGAACCUCUCUAUAAUGCUAUUGUGUGGCUUGACCUGAGAACCCAGCCAACAGUUGAGAGGCUUCUUAAAAUAAUUCCAGGGCAAAAUACAUCCUUUUUUAAGACUAGGACUGGCCUUCCACUUAGCACGUAUUUCAGUGCAGUGAAACUUCGGUGGCUCCUAGAUAACGUGGAAGAGAUCAGGCAAGCUGUUCGUGAUGGGCGAGCUAUGUUUGGUACCAUUGAUUCAUGGCUUAUAUGGAGUUUGACAGGUGGGAAGAAUGGAGGUGUUCAUUGUACAGAUGUCACCAAUGCCAGUAGAACAAUGUUGUUCAACAUUCAUUCCUUGGAGUGGGAUUCUGAACUCUGCCAUUUUUUUGAUGUUCCUAUGGAAAUACUUCCAAAAGUGCGGAGUUCCUCUGAGAUUUAUGGUUUGAUGAAAAUGUGCCCUAGCCUGAAAUCCGGAGCCCUGACAGGUGUGCCAAUUUCUGGGUGCCUGGGUGACCAAUCUGCUGCUCUAGUUGGACAAAUGUGUUUCAAGGAUGGACAAGCAAAAAACACGUAUGGAACAGGAUGUUUCUUGCUUUACAAUACAGGUCAAAAGCCUGUUUUGUCUGAACAUGGCCUUCUGACCACGGUGGCUUACAAACUGGGCAGAGACAAACCUGUAUAUUAUGCACUAGAAGGCUCUGUUGCCAUAGCUGGUGCUGUUGUUCGUUGGCUAAGGGACAAUCUUGGUAUCGUAAAGUCUUCAAGUGAAAUUGAAAAACUUGCUGCAGAAGUGGGAACUUCUUAUGGCUGCUACUUUGUCCCAGCAUUCUCAGGAUUAUAUGCACCUUACUGGGAACCCAGUGCACGAGGUAUUAUCUGUGGCCUUACUCAGUUUACAAAUAAAAACCACAUUGCCUUCGCUGCAUUAGAGGCUGUCUGCUUUCAAACACGAGAGAUUUUGGAUGCUAUGAACAAGGACUGUGGGAUACCACUGAGUGAGUUACAAGUAGAUGGAGGAAUGACCAACAACAAGAUUCUCAUGCAGCUUCAAGCAGAUAUUCUCUGUAUUCAAGUAGUGAAGCCAUCAAUGCCUGAAACAACAGCACUAGGAGCUGCAAUGGCAGCUGGAGCAGCAGAAGGAGUUGGAGUUUGGAGUCUGAAUCCUGGGGAUUUGACAGCAGUGACAUGGGAACGAUUUGAACCACAGAUCAAUCCCGAGGAAAGUGAAUAUCGCUAUGCCAGGUGGAAGAAAGCUGUAAUGAAAUCAAUGGGUUGGGAGAUAUCCGAACCUCAGGCAAAUGGUGACUCUAGUAUCUUCUCUAGUCUGCCUUUGGGUUUUUAUAUAGUGAGUAGCAUGAUAAUGUUAAUCGGAGCAAAGUACAUCUCAGGAAUUGACAAAUGAGGCUACUUAAUGGAUUACCGGAAUACAGCCUGUUUGGUUUAUGUACGAAGAGAGAAGAAUCCAGUCAUCUCCCAAUAUGAUGGCACUGUUUGUAUGAUUAGUUAAUUUAUAAUCCUAUCUGUUGUCUGACCUAGAGGGAAAUCCAAGACGAUGGAUUUCUAACCUGAAAUAAGGUUCCCACCCUUCCCCCCCCAUACACACAAAUAUGCCCUUCUUUUCUCCUACCUGAUCCCCUCCUUUAAGUAGCCUUUCAAGGUCCAUAGGUCCUAACUUUGUUUGAGGACGUGCCAUAAAUAGAAGUUGUAGCCUUUCUAAUUGUUGGUACUUUAUUAUAAUGCACUAUAAUAAGUUAUAGAACAGUACAAUUAUUUCCCAGCUGCUGUAACUAUUACCGUAGUUAUAUUUCUAUGGUUUCUAAAAGCAUUUUUUGUUCAGUGGCCAUUGGAUUGAAACAUCUCUAUUGGUAUAGUUUUUGGUGUGGGGGGUUGUUUUUUGUUUUUUUAACACUAACUCAGUGUAUAAUCCAUACCGGACACUUUAAUAUCUGGUGGUAAUGUCUGCAGAUUCUUCUUAAAUAUUCAUCAAAACAUUAAAUGAGGUUUGUUUUAUUUUCUCUUGCAUAAAUUCAUGGGAUGAUCAUUGAUAAGAACUAUUUAAGACACUACAUCCUACCUGUCUCUCUUGGGAGGGAGUAAGCAAAAUCAACUUUUUUUUUUUUUUUUUUUUGUAAAGGCCAUUUUUGUAUGUUUGCAUUGUUUUAAAAGCCAGAUUUUACACAGGCACACUGUCCACAAGGGAGCCUCGUAGUCCUUAACAGCCAGUAGCCCUUACAGUUAAAGGGAUGUAUUGACCCUUGUUGUCCAGUGCUGCAUUUGGUCUUUUCUCAUCCCAGUUUAGGAUACUACAUGAUGCACAAAACUUUAGAAAGAUGCAGCUAUUGCUGUUUACAAAACAGGAUGCACUCUAAAUAAGUUGUUCUCCCUCAUCACUUUCUGUUCUUGAUCACAUUUAGUGUAUCUUAGGGACCAAAAGCUGCUUCUGAAUUUGCAUGACCAUGUUUUUACUUCACAGUGAGCUUGUUUUGUGUCUUGAAUUGUGGUGAUUGCAAGCCCAAAUCCAAAGCUUUGGGAUACACAAACUUGAGUAUCCAUAACUAGGCACUUAAGGUCUAAGCCACAAAUUUAGAAAUUGUUUUCAGUCCACUUAAAAGUUUAGACCCUGUAUAUCUGAACAGAUAGUCAUCUAAAAUGAUUAUAGGUUCUUCUCUCUUUUCCUAUUUGCAUAGUGACAAUCUGACAGUAGCAACAUAAAUUACUUAAAAGUUUAUUUGGUAGGGCAGAGAAAAUGUUUCUGCAUAGGCAAAAUGAUACUAACGUUACAGUGACACUGAGGAGGAGGGUCAAUGUGGGAACUCUCCUGUCAUUUUUUUUGAAUGUUUCUUAUAGGUGCACUAGGAGCUAAAGGGAGUGCUUUUGUGUUCAAUAGAUCUCUCCUGGUCUGUUUUAUGCAAAAGCAGUCAUUCUUUAAUAAAGCUUUAUUUCUUCCAUAAACUGUAAAGGAGGAGCUAGUAGAGAGUAUGAAGUAUUGGAGCUGCAUAAAAGUUCAGGUCUGAACAUGUAUUUAAUAUAAACUGCCUUUUUAUUAUCAAGUGCAAUGAAGUCUGAAAACUUCUGCUUUUUAAAUGUUCACUGAGGAAUAUAUUUUCCCAUUGGUGCUUGUAUAACUGAUUGAUAUUCAUGGGAGUCUGAUGCAUUGGUGGAAAUAUAUAACCUCCCUUCAUACCCAUAAUCUAUUCACUCAGUCCUUAUGUCAUUUGAAUGUACUUUGUCCACACUAACUUCUGUAAAUACCUAGUCUUUGAAUACGUGUAGCAAUGAAGGUUUCUGGUUUUCAGUUUGUAUUCAGAUGUAUCUGUAGAAGUAUACUGAAGGAGUGUCAUUCGUAAAUAAUGGUAAAACAACAAAGCUCCUCAACUUUACACAAUUCUCAAACUUCAUUCACUUCGUCACUUACUCUCUACAACCUCACAUCUAUACUACAGGGACUACAUUGGCAUAGCUACGGUGUAGUUAUGCCAGCUUAAUUCUGUACUGUGGCUGCAGCCUGCUCCAAAGAAGUUUUUCCAUUGGUAUAGGAACAGCACCUCGCCAGACGAUGGUAUCUUGGUUGAUGGAAGCAUGCUUUUGUUGACCUAGCUGCAUCUACACAGGGGGUUAGGUCAGCGUGGCUACAUCACUUUUGGGAGGUGAGUUUUUCACAUCCCUGAGCAAUGCAGCAAUGUUGAGCUAACCCCCAGUGUGGGCCAGACAAACACCAGGAACCAAUGUAGUGCUAAUCGCCCUUGGAGGAGGACACCAAUUAAGGGUGGUGCAUACCCUAGAAAAUGGGGUUUCUGGAUAGUUAUUUGCCAAAAUUACUUCCCAAGUGGUUAUUUUCUCCAGAUUAAUGCUGAAACGGGGAAACCUGUAAUAAGUAAUGAACCUGAAAUCAUUAAUUUCAUUGUGUUGCCUUUUACACUGGUGUAUCUGUCUUUUGCGUACAGUAUUGAUUCUGCUGUUUUUCUGACAUAUCAAACCUGUUGUGAGAUGAUGCUGUUCCAAUUGCAAUUUGUGAGUAAAUGACUAACUUAUUUUUUGUGAGAUUCAAAUUACUGUUGCAGAUAUUUUUUUAAAAACUAUUACUUCAACACCAUUGUAAUUUUCUACCAAAAUAGCUUAUAUUAACUGUAAAUAACUUGAAAACCUCUUCAAAUAAAUUGUGUGAAUAGAA